AUGCCCUGCUUCCAUUCAACAACGUGGAAAGAGAUUUGCCUUCGCAGACAGCUGGACUCUUACGCAAGUCCGCCUCUCUCCCCGUCAGCGCAUUGGUCCUUGGACCUCGAUCCAGUGCGUAGGGGGAUGGAUGGCGAUAUCCAACGCAUGAAGCAGCAUGAUCUAAAUGCCCGUUUUGCAACCAGAGCCGGGAUGACCCGUCGUGGUGCAGCGGACCGGUUCAGACAGGCCGGGCCCCCAUCAGUAGCACGUGGAGGUGAUGCAUCCUCGCACGCCACGGGGCGGCCCCGGAUGUCCACCUACCUGGACUAUGGAUACACAAACAAUCCCUUUCAGGACGGUCCGUUGCAGGAGGACGAAUUGCAACCAUACCCCCCGACGUUGCGCGACCAGCACCAGCGCCAGCAGCACCCGUCAGUGCACCAGCCCUUAGCUCCCUAUGACUCCGAGAUGGUAUACGACAUCAGCGGGCAACAAGGCCCAACCCAAGCCACGUACGAGGUGGUGCCACCACCAUACUCGGCACGGCAAUCUGCAGCGAUGGAAGCCCUGUCCAGCCAGUUUGGUGUUCCACAGUAUUUCCCUUCAAAUGAACCGACAGGCACUGGGGUUCCAGCCGUAGGGCCACCCUACCUGUCAUCACCAGUCCCACUGUCCGCUUAUAACCAGCCGCUGCCAGGGCCCAUGGGACGCUCAAGCGCAGCGCAUUUUUAUCAAGCAAAUAUGACCGGACUGACGCCUGUGGGCGCUGGCGGACGAUUGGAGCAUCAGCAACAGCAACAGCAACAGCCGUCCACUCCUCCGCCGCCACCACCACCGCUGCCGCCGUCGUCGUCAUCGCAACAACAGCAACCACUGCAACCGUCGCAACCGCAACAACAGCCGCAACCGAUCCAACGGGCCGACUUUGAGUCGGUCAACGUGAGGGAAGUGUAUGCGCAGUUUCAACGCGCUGUGCGAGGAACAUUUGAUGAUACGCGCGCUGGCCGAUUGGUGGAGGCCAGUCGAUCACUCUUGGAAAUCUCCGAGUGGCUUGUGACUAAUGCGCGGGAGCUCGGAGUCCUCCGAGAUGAACAAACCUUCUAUGCCGAUCGACUCCAACUUUGGAAUGAUUUCAAUAUCUGCUGGCUGGCGCUCUGUCAGAAACAAAAAGACAUGGCCGAGGAACUUUUCCAGACAGGACAUCAGCCACCGCAGACAAGUCUUCUCAGCGACGAUGCGAUGGACAACCUCGGUAAAGAGCUGAUCCAGCUAUGCGAUCGAAUGGAACAGUAUGGACUAGUCGACUACCAGCUAGGCAUCUGGGAGGAAGAGAUUCUUUCCGGCCAAUGUCUCGAUAUCGUGGAAGACCGUCUCGACUUCUUCCGUUCGCAUGCAGUGACUGUAGCCUCACGGUGA